UUUUCUGUUCGCCGCGUUGGUCUUUUACGGCCAUCAAAACACUUCAGUCUCGUCAUUCAAAGUGUGCUUUAUAUUUUUGCCAAAUAUGAUCGCUAGUUGAACGUUUAUUUUUGGUUUUGGAUGAAUCUGUGGAACUUAUGUUGUAAGAAGAAAGGGGGAACGAGACACGAUGAAAGAGAAGUCCAAAAAUGCUGCCCGGACUAGGAGGGAGAAGGAAAACAGUGAAUUUUAUGAACUGGCUAAAUUACUGCCUUUGCCCUCGGCUAUCACCUCGCAGCUGGACAAAGCAUCCAUAAUCAGACUCACCACCAGCUAUCUCAAAAUGAGAGUAGUGUUUCCAGAAGGGCUCGGCGAGGCAUGGGGCCACUCGAGUAGGACCAGCCCGCUGGACAACGUAGGCCGCGAACUGGGCUCCCACCUGCUCCAGACGCUGGAUGGCUUCAUCUUUGUGGUGGCCCCAGAUGGGAAGAUCAUGUACAUCUCGGAGACAGCCUCAGUCCACUUGGGUCUUUCUCAGGUAGAGCUGACCGGGAACAGCAUUUACGAAUACAUCCACCCAGCCGACCACGACGAGAUGACGGCGGUGCUCACGGCCCACCAGCCCUACCACUCUCACUUCGUCCAGGAGUACGAGAUCGAGCGCUCCUUCUUCCUGAGGAUGAAGUGCGUCUUGGCUAAGAGGAACGCGGGCCUCACCUGCGGCGGCUACAAGGUCAUUCACUGCAGCGGCUACCUGAAGAUCCGCCAGUACAGCCUGGACAUGUCCCCCUUUGACGGCUGCUACCAGAACGUGGGCCUGGUGGCCGUGGGCCACUCGCUGCCUCCCAGCGCCGUCACGGAGAUCAAGCUGCACAGCAACAUGUUCAUGUUCCGCGCCAGCCUGGACAUGAAGCUCAUCUUCCUGGACUCCAGAGUGGCGGAGCUGACGGGGUACGAACCUCAGGACCUGAUUGAGAAGACCCUGUACCACCACGUGCACGGCUGCGACACCUUCCACCUGCGCUGCGCCCACCACCUGCUGCUGGUAAAGGGGCAGGUGACCACCAAAUACUACCGGUUCCUGGCGAAGCAGGGCGGCUGGGUGUGGGUGCAGAGCUACGCGACUAUCGUGCACAACAGCCGCUCCUCCAGGCCACACUGUAUCGUCAGCGUCAACUAUGUCCUCACGGACACGGAAUACAAAGGGCUGCAGCUCUCCCUGGAUCAGAUCUCAGCCUCCAAACCAGCCUUCUCCUAUGCAGGCAGCUCCACUCCUGCCAUGACUGACAGUAGGAAAGGGGCCAAGUCCAGGCUCUCCAGCUCAAAGUCAAAGUCCAGGACUUCCCCAUACCCUCAGUACUCGGGAUUUCCCACGGAAAGAUCUGAAUCUGAUCACGAGAGCCAGUGGGGCGGCAGCCCGCUGACCGACGCGGCCUCCCCGCAGCUGCUGGACCCCGCGGACCGGCCGGGCUCCCAGCACGACGCGUCGUGCGCCUACAGGCAGUUCUCAGACCGCGGCUCCCUCUGCUACGGCUUUGCGCUGGACCACUCCAGGCUGGUGGAGGAGAGGCACUUCCACACGCAGGCCUGCGAGGGCGGCCGGUGUGAGGCAGGCAGGUACUUCCUGGGAGCGCCGCAGGCGGGGAGGGAGCCCUGGUGGGGCUCUCGCGCAGCCUUGCCCCUGACCAAGGCCUCCCCGGAGAGCAGAGACGCCUACGAGAGCGGCAUGCCUCACAUCGCCUCCGUGCACAGGAUCCACGGGCGAGGUCAUUGGGAUGAAGAUAGUGUGGUCAGUUCUCCAGACCCCGGGUCUGCCAGCGAAUCAGGUGACCGAUAUCGCACUGAGCAGUAUCAAAGUAGCCCACAUGAACCUAGCAAAAUCGAAACUCUGAUAAGAGCCACCCAGCAAAUGAUUAAAGAGGAAGAGAACAGAUUGCAGCUAAGGAAAGGCCCCCCAGACCAACUGGCUUCCAUAAAUGGAGCUGGGAAAAAACACUCCCUCUGUUUUGCAAACUACCAGCAGCCCCCACCAACAGGCGAAGUCUCUCACAGCUCCACUCUUGCAAACACUUCACCAUGUGAUCACAUCCAGCAGAGAGAGGGAAAGAUGCUGAGCCCCCAUGAAAAUGACUAUGACAACAGUCCUACAGCACUGUCUCGGAUCAGUAGUCCCAAUUCGGAUCGCAUUUCCAAAUCCAGUUUGAUCCUAGCUAAAGACUAUCUACAUUCGGAUAUGUCUCCUCAUCAGACAGCAGCAGACCAUCCUGCCAUCUCUCCAAACUGCUUUGGCUCUCACCGGCAGUAUUUUGAUAAGCAUGCUUACACAUUAACUGGAUACGCCCUGGAGCACUUAUAUGACAGCGAAACCAUUAGAAACUAUUCCUUGGGCUGUAAUGGCUCACACUUUGAUGUAACUUCCCAUCUAAGGAUGCAGCCGGAUCCAGCGCAAGGACACAAGGGAACAUCUGUUAUAAUAACCAAUGGAAGCUGAUGUUUUUCUAAACUAUUUUGUUCUUUAAGGAUCUCUGAAACAUAUGUACCAUUUAAUGCCCCAUUACCAACAUUUACAAUGCCACAGAUUGUUAGAGUGGAUAAUUUAAGUUACUGGGUAUUUGACAUGUGUUCUUGUGAACUCAAAGAAACAGCACUGGCAUUCAGGGUUAUACACAGAUAAUGGAGCUGAAGUGAAUCACAGAUUGCCCCUCUAUUUAUAUGGGAACCAGAAUUUUGAAUUGAAUUGAAAAAUACGUGUGUAGAUUAAGUGAGCAUAUACACCACAUGAAAGGACCAAUGGAUGACAAUGCAUUAUGAUGAUCCAGUGAACUUCAUACACGCAGACCACUACCCACAGACUGCUGUGUAGACUUCACAUACAGAAAUGUAGACGAUAUACUGUAAAUACCCCCCAAGUGGGUGACUUUCCUUAACCCUAGCACAUUAACUGUCUUAGAGAAAUUUCCAUUCCCAAGAUAACUAAGAGAGAGAGAGAUACAUCUUGUAAACUGGUUUCUUCUUUGUAGUUUCAGCAAUCCAGCUCAUUUGGUUCAGGCAUGAAUUAGGGAAAUUGUUCUGGAUAUGAUACAAGAAUGAGUUUUCACCUGGUAUCCAUUAUAAGCAAUCAGGAAGUAGUGAUUUUUCACCUUACUUUUGAGUUAGACAAAGAACAGGAUCACACUGAUGUAGCAGUAAGGGUUUUUCUAAGUAAAAACGCUGAGAUAUUGGGACACACAUCAAAAGCCUGGUGUGCCCAACUGGAAAUAGGUUAGUAAAGAUGGAAAAACCAGGGGCAGAGAGAAAUGAAAUGAUAUCGCAAAACAAACAAUUUCAGGGUCAGCAUAAGUAAUCAACAUAUUUGGGGCUUGUCAAAGUAAAAUUCAAACUAAGUCACUGAGGAAAAAGACUGAUAAGUG